GCGCUGCUGGGCGGCUGCGCCCCGCCGCUAUAUAAACACGGCCCGCGCCCCGCCGCCGCCGCGUCCUGCCGGCGGGAGGAGGCGGCAGCACCGGAGGCACCGGCGCGGAGGCAGAUUUCCACCCUGGGACUAUCUUCGAGGGCAAACUAUCACCAAUGGAAGUAAAAUUUGUUUUUCCAGCAUUCUGGGUUGGCUGGACUAACUGGUUCUCAUUCAGAGGAAACUUAACAGAUCUAUUUUGCUAUCGCUGAACUUCUCUACUGCAUGUCAUAAAGAUUUCCUAGGUCCAGAGGCUGCAUGAAAGACAACUGAGCAGCAUAAAAAUGUGACUCUGACAAGAGACUCCAAGCUUUCCGACGAGGAAUGUUCUACUGCUCAGUUUAUAAUUUAAAUGUAUAACUGAAGCAUGCAUAAUAGCUAAUCUGACAAGGAAAAAAAGCUCCUCAUUAAUCAGGACUGCCAAAAAAGCAGUCACCUGAAGCUUCAAAAUGAGUUCUCCGUUAAUCCCGAACAAGUCAUGUUAUGCCCAUGUUCAGGACAACCGCAGUGAAAUAAAAAAUAAUAAUGAAAGCAUAGUGAGUGUGGGAGAUACCAAUGCCAACCCAAUUGUGACAAAAGUUAGAACUACUGAAGGGGAUGUUAAGAAAUGUGCUUUGACAGAUGAGAGUGGGAAUAUACACUCUGGAGGAUCAGAGAAAGUUACUCAUCUGAACACAGAGCAGAAUAAACAUCUGACCUUCAAAGACUCUCGGACCUGUCAUACCAGUGUACAGGAAAAUAAGCUGCCCUCUACCACAAGCAGGGAAAUGGGGAAAGAUUGUAGGACCAGCGAAGCUAAGAAUAUAUCAAGGCAUAUCAGGAUUAGCCGAGGACAAAGUCUGUCCAAUUUAAAAAGCAGCACAAAUGAUGCCAACUUGGAGGUUAUUUCCAAAGGUGAUGUUGACUUCACCCAGAACUUUUCUAAGGGUAAAAUGCCCAAAACUGUGGAGAUGGAAAGAAUAAAAAGGCUUUCUUUGGGAAGACCAAGUAAAUUAUCUCCUCAGUCUGAAACAUUUGCAAAAGACUGUGUUGGCCGCGUGUCGUGUAAACGUCUGCUUUCAGCAUCAUUGGACUCCAUCGACAGGUCACACCAUUUGAUAGGAAAUACAGAGAAAUCACAAAAGACAUCCACGGAUCAUUUUCUUGGGAUGGUGUUUCAUCCACUUGACAAUACCUCAGAGGAAAAUAUUGUGUUUUAUUCCAAACCAUCUACCUCAGGGAACAAGAAAAUAAGUAAACCAGAAAAUGUACCAAAUGUUAAUGUUGAAAGCACACUGCAUACUUCUCAUUCUCAACAUUCAGCUGUUAAGCCCAAUGGGAUUGCUAGUAAAUCAGAAGCACAAUUAGGUCAGGGUGAUAAAAGUAAAAAACUGGAGCUUAAGACUGCACCAUCUCUACAAUCUAAAAAUACAUGUCAACAGAAGAUUGAGAGGAUUAUGCUGGUGGAGUUCCUAGGAUGUCAAGAAAAUGAAAAUACAGCAAUGCAGGAGCAGAAAGGCUCUGGGUCUGAUGCAUCAAAAUUUCAAGCACCCUAUUUUCAAGACACCUAUAAUAAAGUAGAAGAUCCAUUGUCAAGCCAGGUGGUAACCUAUCCUGAUGAGAAAUUGCUAAGUGAUAACGUUACCGUCGGUGAGGAAAGGAGAGGAAGCAAUGACAGUGACAGCGGGGCAACUAGCCAGGUUGGUGAGGAAUAUUUUACUGGCAAAGAAGUGGAAACAAUAUUUCCACUCACCUGUGAUAGGAAAUCCAGUGGUAAAGCGACACCUAGAAAAAACGAGAAUUUAUAUGACGUUGAUGCAGGUUGCGCUGAAACAGUUGGUGAAGACAUAUCUCUUACAUAUAACAUUAAUCUACCUGACAGCAAACCCUUGAAAGUUAAUGAGAAUAAACUGAUGCUAGUCAAAGGAAACACUGAGGAUGCUGCCAUGCCUGCUUCUGAUCUCUCAGAUCAGCAUGGAACAUGCAGUGCAGAGACAGUGUCAAACCAACAACCUGACAACGACGACAGUGAUUUGGAAACCUUGAGCUUUUCAGUUCCAAGUAAAAAGACAGAUAAUGCACAGAAACAUCCUCCAGAGGAAGCACCAGAGAGCUGUAACAUUUCAGCAAAGGCUGAUGCCUUUUUAUGUGUCCCAACUCCCGUGCGGCCGGUGGCAAUGCUGGAUGUUAAUAGUCAGCCCACACUAUCAAACAGUAAUUUGAAGGACCUUUAUGCACUUCAUGUUGACAAGCUGUCACCCUCCUCAGUCCUACCUCCCAUUGACAGUACGCAGUUAUUAAACAUAUCCCCUAAAGUGCCUAUCAAGACUGCUUGCAGCAGUGCCAUCCCAAAACCUAUCCUGGUCCACUCCAAGGGCUCUCUCACAGAUAAGGUGGAUGUGGACAGUGACUGCAGUGAAAAGCUGGAAGAAAGCAUUGAAAUUAAACCUGCCAUACCCAGGCCCAAACCUGUGAGGCCUAAAAUCAUCACAUACAUUAGGAGAAACCCUCGUUCGAUAGAGCAGCUUGACCCUUCGUUUGCGCCAGCAGGGCUGCCCUUCGGUAGCCCUGCAUGUGGCAUGCCCAUCUCUACAGAGCAGAAGGAAUCCAAAGGAGGGGAGGCGAAGCCCCCCAGCAUCCUGUAUGACAAAUUUAAACCUGACCUCCAGAAGCCAAGACUCUUCAGUUCUAGUCUGGUUGUGUCAGGAAUUAGGCCCCCGGGACAUCACUUCAGUCCAAUGAGCGAGAAGUUUCUGCAGGAGGUUGGGGAAAGGCCUGCAAAAGAUGAAUUUUGCCCUCCACCGUAUACUCACUAUGAGGUCCCACCAAGUUUUUAUCGAUCUGCCAUGAUACUUAAGCCACAGUUAGGACUGGGUGCAGUGUCCAGAUUACCAUCUGCAAAGAGCAGGAUUCUCAUUGCAAGUCAAAGGUCCUCAGGUAGCUGUCUCCAUCAGCAAGGAGAAAUAACGAGUGCUCCCAGCCUCUAUCAUCCUGAUGCUUCAGUUGAUCUUAAGAAAGCCUCAUGUCCAAGUGCUGCGAAAUCAAAUCUCCCCAAGCCCUGCCAGUCUGGACUUCGUCCUCCAGGUUAUUCACGGUUGCCAGCAGCUAAGCUGGCUGCAUUCGGUUUUGUCAGGAGCUCAAGCGUAUCCUCUGUAUCCAGCAACCAGUCAAACGACAGUGCUCAGAGUGAUCAAAGCAGGACAACCAACCGUUCCAGCUUUGGAAAUGAAGAGCAAACCACUCCUAAGGCAUCCGCACCUUCUAAGGAUGUCCCCAAGGGGAGCAGCAAGAGCACGACGCAGGUAUCGAGCAGCACAGCAACUCCACGCAGGAGCUUACUUCCAGCACCAAAAACUGCCACAGCACCUGCUGGUCUGAAGAAAGAAGUACAAAAAGAUCAGGAUGCUAACAGACCAGCUGUCUCAUCCCCUAAGAGAUCAGCAGUAACAGCCACCAAGCUUCAUUCACCAGGACAUCCCAAGCAAAGGCCAACCACCCCAAAGAAUGGAUUCUCCCCCAAACCAGGAGAGAGUCGAGACACUGAAAAGCAGUUCGUUCAAAGAUUGAAGGAAAAGUGUGAUGAGCAGUCCCAGCAAUUAAGCAAUAUUCGAGAUGAGCUUAAAAGGGCCAGCUGUGGCUUUGAUGUCUUUGCUAUAACAACACAGCACUUUUUCAGGCAGAAUGAAAAUGCCCUUGUGAAAAUAAAGGAGUUAGGCGUCGAGCUUGCAAAGAUCAGGGAUGAAGUUGCCCUCAACACAGUGAGAUGGAAGAAACUACAGAGUGAGAAGGAGGAGCUGGAGAGGCGCUUUGAGGAGGAGGUGAAGCGGCUUCGCAGGCAGCAGCAGGAGGAGCUGCAGGCACUAGAGCAGCGGCUGCAGGAGGAAUACAACACCAAGAAGGAGAGCCUGCAGGAGCAGCACAGGCUGCAGCUGGAGCAAGUCAAACUGCAGCAUCAGGAUCAGGUGGAAGAUAUCACAGCUGUACAUGAAGCUGCAAUGUUACAGUUGGAAAAUAACCACAUAGUUGCCAUUACUGUACUGCAGGAUGAGAACGACUGCAAGAUUCAGGAACUGAAUGAUGCUCACAAACUGGAAAAGGCACAACUGGAAGAGAAUUUUGAAAAACUGCGGCUGUCACUCCAGGACCAGAUAGACACCCUCACCUUCCAGAACCAAUCUCUUAAGGCCAAAGCAGACCGAUUUGAAGAGGCUCUGAAGAAAAACACUGAGGAACAACUGAAGAUUGUACGAGCUCCAUAUCUGCACUUAGAAAAAGAUCUGAAGAGCUUAAAACAUGUUCUGGAAAUGAAGAACCAUCAGAUUCACCAACAGGAGAAGAUGAUUAUGGAGCUAGAAAAACAGGCUGAAAAAAAUUUAAAACUAGAAGAAAAAAUCACCAUGUUGCAACAGCAGAACGAAGAACUCAGAGCCAGGAUUGAGCAAAAUACUGUUAUAACAAGGCAAUUGUCAGAGGAGAAUGCUAAUCUUCAAGAAUAUGUUGAGAAAGAAGUGGAGGAGAAGAAGAAGCUGAGCAGGACUAAUGAAGAGCUCCUCUGGAAGCUGCAGGAGGGAGAGGCCGUGAGCCCUGUGAAAAUCCCACCCACAUCAUCUACUUCUUUUUAUCGCUGCUCAUCAGGGAACUCCUCUCCAGCAAAAGUCAGAACCUUGCGGCGAUGAUUUGGCACCUGCGCGCCGAAGGUCCCUUGCCUUUAUGCAUUUCCAAUCUGCUAAAUGUUACCAUCCAAGGAAGUAUUACCAUCAACAGGCACCCAGGGUUCAUGGCUGCAAGCAUGCUCGGUAGCUGCAUAGCUUUACACUAGGCAGGGUACUCUUAUAGUCCCCAUAUAGGAGCUCUUGGUUCUGACAUGUUGAUUAGGGUAGCAAAAAAGAUAGCAAAAAGCUAGGACAGAAGAAAGUUAGAAUAGUAAAAUAUUUAGUUUGAUGUGUUAACAUUUUAACUAUGGUUGGAGCCAAAAGUUGGAAAUACUAUAUUAAUGGUUCAUCAGAAUGAACGUUUGCUGCAGUAUUUCAGGUUAGUUACAAAUACAGUUCAAAUUGUGAAUAAUUCUGUAUAUGUGUCUGUGUUUAUAUACAUGUACGUAUUGUACCUUUAUACCUAUAUAUAGACGCACACACAUAUAUAUGUAGUUGAAGAUGUUCUGAAUCGCAUUUUUUAUAUUAUUGGAUACUACUAAGUGCUGAUAUAUUUUCAUUACAGUCAGCAGUUUUCUAACUUGUGCCUAAGACUUGUAUCUAAAUGAAAUGCAUUUCUGUUUAGCCUCCCAGGAAUAUUUAUACCCUACCUAGAAGAAAGUUACACAGAAGUAGAAGCGCCUUCCAAAUGACCACCAAGUGGUACUCUAUGUUACAUGAACACCAGCGACUUUGACAUUCUGAGACAGUACUGCCUUCGAAACCAUCACCUUUGCAUUGAACACCAGAUAAGACGCGCAUACCAUUCACUGCUUUUUAACUCUUAGCAUUGAUAUUGUAAGUGGAGAUAGGCUAGAGAUGAGAAACCUGAGGGUUUUAGCAAAUUUGGUAGAGGUUACUGGUUAAUGUGUUUCAAUUUUAGUGUAUUUAAAUCCCAGUUAGAUCUUAUCUUGUUUUACCCUGUCCUGGUUUGGAUACAAUCAAAAUUUCUGGUUGUAGGUUCCUGUCCAUUUUGACUUAUUUCAAGUCUUGUAAGCAAGAAGGAGAAAAUAAGUUAUUCAUCCUUGACCUUUGCUGGCCAAGAGAUUCCCAGGCUUAGGUUGAGAUACCAAGCACCUGCUAGGGCUUUAGCUUCCUCCUAUCUGUAACACCAAAUAGAGCACAGCAGACUACAUUGGCACAAAUGAGGUCAGAAUUUCUUUCCUUCCACAUAUAUAUUUUAUUUCACAUUGCUAAAGCUUACCCAAAGUUACAGAGCACUUUUGAGAUUCAUGGAAAAGAGUGGCUAAACUACCUUUAACUUCUCUGCCUAGAAGCAAAAAAAUUCAUCCAGGUGACCUCCACCAGAAGGGGUGGUGUGACCAGGGAGUGGGGUGGGAUAGGCGGCAGGGCCCUCGUGGGCUCUGCUAGCAAGAAAAAAAUAUCCCUGAGCAUAAUUUAAAAAAAGAAAGACAUCUGUGGGAUGCUUUUCUAUCCAGCGUGGGGCAAAGAGCCUGCAUGCAUUCCUGCUCUGAGCACCAGGGCUGAAGUAAGCAGGAGAUGGUACGUGCAGCAACUCCCUGGGGUGCGGGAGCGCUGCGGGGAGGGCGGCUCUCCCAGCCUGGUGUGCGGUGGCACAGGCUCACCCUGCCUGAGCAGAGGUGGGAUUGCACAGCCCUGCCGUGCUGCUCGGAUGGGAGCUGCGCUUCAGCUUUCCUGGGAAGUACUCAGGAUACAGCUUAGAUACAGCUUCAAUCACCGUCAAAGCGCCUGUGGCCUGUUCCACAGUGUUUAAAAAAAAAAAAGAAAAGAAGGUGAUUUGUGAUUUUUUUUCUCCUUUUUUAGAGAAAUUUAUUUUUGUAGCAGCUUUUGCAUGAUACUGUAAUACUGAGUAAAUUGAGCUUCUUGUUAGAAUAGAUCAUGCCACACCAACUACUACUGUUGAAAUGCAUUACUAGAUUUUAGUGUGUCCAGCAAGUACAACCUGAAAGUAGGAUAGAUACCCAACACAUACAUGCACACAAAGCCCCUCCCUGCCAAGUACAAUUUUAAUCACUUUCAGAGUUGCUAAAUGCAGAUAUCUGCAAUACUUACUGCGUUGUCAUGUUUCAGUCUGCCCAUACAGUUCUGUUACAAUAAGAUCAUAGGACCAUAGGAUGGUUUGGGUUGGAAGGGACCUUUGAAGAUCACCUAGUCCAACCCCACUGUCAUGGGCAGGGACAUCUUUCACUAGAUUAGGUUGCUCAAAGCUCCAUCCAACCUGACCUUGAACAGUUUCAGGGAUGGGGCAUCCACAACUUCCCUGAGAAACCUGUUCCAGUGCCUCACCACCCGCAUCAUAAAAAAAAGUCUUUAUGUCCAAUUUAAAUCUACCCUCUUUCAGUUUAAAACUAUUACCCCUUGUCGUGUCACUACAGGACCUGGUAAAAAGUGUCUCUCCAUCUUUCUUAUAAGCCUCCGUUUAAGUAUUGAAGGGCUGCAAUAAGAUGUCCCUGGAGCCUUCUCUUCCCCAGGCUGAAAACCACCAACUCUCCCAGCCUUUCUCGUCAGGAGAGGUGUUCCAUCUCUCUAACCGUUUUUGUGGCCCUCCUCUCGACCUGCUCCAACAGAUCUAUGUAUUUCUUAUACUGGGGACCCCAGAAUCCGACCUAGUACUGUAGGUGGGUCUCACCAGAGCAGAGUAGAGGGGCAGAAUCACCUCCCUCGACCUCCAGGCCACGCUUCUUUUGAUGCAGCCCAGUAUAACGGUUGACCUUCUGGGCUGCGAGCCCACAUUGCUGGCUCAUGUCGUUUUUCAUCCAUCAGUAUCCUCUAGUCCUUCUCUGCAGGGCUGCUCUCAACCCAUUCAUCCCCCGGUCUAUUGAUCCAGGGGCUGUCCUGACCCAGGAGCAGGACCUUGCACUUGGCCUUGCUGAACUCCAUGACGUUCCCAAGGGCCCACUCCUCAAGCAUGUCCAGGUCCCUCUGUGUGGCAUCCGGUCCCUCAGGUGUGACAACCGCAUCACUCAGCUUGGUGUCAUCUGCAAAUUUGCUGAAGGUGCAUUUGAUCCCACUAUGUCAUUGAUGAAGCUAUUAAACAGUACUGGUCCCAAUACGGACCCUUGAGGGACACCACAUGUUACCGUUCUCCAUUUGGACAUUGAGCUGGUGACUGCAACUCUUUGGAUACAGCCAUCCAGCCAAUUUCUUAUCCAACGCCCAUCCAUCAAACCCAUAUCUCCCCAAUUUAGCAAUGAAGAUAUUGGUGGGACUGUGUCAUAGGCCUUACAGAAGUCCAGGAAGAUGACAUCAGAUGUUGCUCAUCCCUCAUCCACCAAUGCAGUCACACCAUUGCAGAAGGCUACCAGAUUAGUCAGGCUGAUUUGUCGGUAGUUACCAGGGUCCUCCUUUUUACCCUUUUUAAAAAUGGGUGAGAUGAUACAACCAGAGUUGUUACCAUGAUGUUAAUCUAAACUUUUCCAUGCUAAACACACUAGAGCAUAUUAUUGGCCCAUGAUGGGUUGACUGAGCCAGUCCUUUUUUAUUUAUUCUUUCCCACUAUUUCUGGUGCUUUCCUUAUCACUUUGCUGGUUUAUAUUCAUAUGCAAGAGAUGCUUCCAGCAGUAAAUUGGGAGUGGGGCUUUUAUGGUGGGAAAACUGGGACUAAUCCCAGCUCCACCACAAUUUGGUACCAUUGCCAAUCCCUUUCCCAUCUAAUUUUUGCCUCCCAAUCCUGCUUCUCACUGGAUUCUUCCUUGGCAUGGCCUCUGGGGCCUGUCUGAUUGCUAGCAAAGCUGCAAGAAGUUUUGCCUGAACAGAAGGGACCCAGCAACCCAUCGUUAUGGGUGUUCCUUCUGGUGCAAGCCUAGAAACACAAACUUUCUUCCCCAAAAAAGGUCAUUCCUUUUUCCUGGUCUUCCUCGGUCCUGUCCCUCCUUGCCUCUGCAUGCUGGAGUAGGUGUGAAGGGGGAUGGAGACCCCUCAGUGCAUGGCCAAGUUGGCGGCCCUGGGUUUCACCAGGGAGCUGCGACUGUGCAAGGUGAGCUUGGCAUUCCCAGGGGUGUGGGGGCCACACCUCUUGUCCUUGCUCCCUGGCCAUCCCUGCUUGAAGACAGCCAAGGGGAAGUUUUUGCUUUUGGGGAGCUGGGGAUUUCCUGAACGCCUCGGCCACCACAGGAGGUGCAGGGUAGGGUGGCCUUUGGAAGGAGAAGGAAUGCAGCCAGUGCUGAGCUGGGUCUUAUUGCCAUUAUAUCUUUAAAGAGGAGACGUUUGAUUUGGUUAGCCUUUAUUCAACGCAGAAGGCUGCAACAGCGAUAAAACCAGUCUACAGUUGCACCGAAGGGGCUCCAGAGACCAGCACCAGGAGAGGGUAAGAGCCAUGGGGUGGCAGGAGAGCCAGCAGCGAGCAGGGAGCACAGAGAGCUGGGAAAGCUGCAGGAAAGCUGUGGUUUUCAGCAGGAAAGCACCAUUAGGCCCUGUUGGGAUGGCACCUCCCAUGGCUACCAGCACAGAGGGCUCUCUCAGCAGAUGCACAGCAGCGAAGACUUGUGGUGGUGGCGGGUGGGGGGAGGAAAGGAAAAUCUAUCAAGUGCAAAAUCAGGUAUUUUACGUCUCUGCACUGAUGGUGGUUGUGUCCCGUGGACACGCUGAGGAGCCUCUGUACAGUUUCCCACACAGCAGUUCUGUGGUCCCAUUUACUAUGUGGCUAAUGAUUACAAGAAGAGUUUGUAUUAUUUCAGUUACAAUGUACAGAUAAGUGUUAAUAUAUUCCUGAUAAUAAAUAUAUGCGCCAGUGCACAUAUGAGCCAACGCAUACAAACCAGCAUGUCCUGCAGUGUUUUUGGUGUCUGUGCACACAGAAACUGGAAUAAAUGUAAAAGAAAGCAAAACCCCAUUAAAGGGUUACCCCAUUACAGUAAAGACCAAAGCUGGACAGCCCCUUGGCCUCCUGGCAGCGGGGCUUGUUGGCUGGGUUACCUGACUACGGUUCACAUGCUAUAAAUUAGGUAAAACCGUAUGGAUUGAUUUUCUAAGGGUGCUUCCCGUACGGCUGGGGCUCCUGGGAGAUGAGGGAUCAUGGUCUGCAAUGUUUUUAUUAAGGUGUCAUGCUUCAGGACACAGUAAGGGGAAUAUUUCUGCUGGUUGUUCAGGCACGGCAGCAAACAAGCACGCUCUGUAAUGUGCUGGUCACCCACAUUUCAACACCCCCUCCCCUCACCCUGCCCUCCUACUGAGGGCACCCAGUUCCUCAGGCUUUGCCACAAGGAUUGAAAGGGGUCAGGGCACCCUCUGUACGCUAUGAAUAGGAGUUUGUUUUCAUCUGGGAUGGACGAAGGGUGAGAGUGCCCAUGGCAGGCACUGCCAGCUAACACUUUACUCUUCAAAAACCCUGGCAAUAAACAGCAACAUGUGGUGUCAGCACCAGCAGUGUUUUCACCAGCGUGGUCCCCUGCAGCACCCUCUCCUCUGCUGCGACCAAGCGCAAUGGGCUCCGAACCAGCAGCACUUUGCCUGCAGCACACCCCGGACCCUGCAGUGCCCAGACAGGGCCAGUGGGCAGUGGGGCAGCCGCACACCCCCUCAUGCUGCAGAGCUGCCUGACACCCAGCCCAGCUGCUCGCUGCACAAACUGGUGGCAAACUCCACCCCGAGGGUUGGGAAAAGGGUGAAACACCCGAAACCCAGCUGGUAAUGAUUUUCAGUGACCAAAGAAUAGAAGUUAUAAGCAAAUAAGCAAAAGCCAGUCAUUUUUUGCACAAAACAAUUCAUCUCGGGUGUGGGGGAAGCUGUUUUGACAGCAGUUUUCCACUGAGAAAGGCUGGGUGGCUGGUUAUGUAUCCAGAUUUGCUAUAUAACUGCAAGCUGCAGCCUCAGUGCUGCCCACCUCUGCCCGCUGCACACUGGCAGUCAGUAGGACCCUUCCAACAGCUUCCCCGGAGGGCUCCUCUCAAGCGAGCAGACUGGGAGCAACCAAAUACACUGAAACAAGGUCAGCCCUUUGGGCCAGAGCCUGCCCCGAAAGAUCAGGCAGGCCAUUUUUACUACGUCUCUCAGCUUUGGCAGAAAAGGAUCUAUUCUCGUGCCAAGCAAAGGCAUCGCUUCUCCGUUCCCACCUCCUCAUUCAGCAAAAUGCUCUGCAUCUGUACAAAAUAUUCUUAUAAGAAAAUAAUGACUGAACUAUUUACAAAGAAAAGCUCAAAUGAAUGAAAGCAUAUCAUCCACAAGAGCAAGGUUAUAGCAGCAGUUGCAUGUCUUCAAAGAUACCUGACUUGAUCUAUGUUACAUGUAGACAGCAGCAGGGAGGCAGAGGAGACAGUAAAAAAAAUAAUUACAAAAAAAAAA